AUGGCGGUGCAUCCAAUUACGACCGCGGCGUCCAUCUUACAUCGAUCGAAAAAACUGGUUUCCAAGUUGAACAGGAAAUGUAAUUUCGGAGGAAAUACCGGUAACAAUGGUCAUAGUAGUAAUAAAAAUAAUAUACAAGAUCCAGACUACUUGUGUAAACAGGGUGAAACGUUCCUGUUUGGACGAGAUGGGGAAGCAAAGGAUGAAAAAAAGGCCUUCGAGUACUUUCAACGUGCUUCCUUGUUAAAUCAUACCAAAUCUCAGGGGUUGCUGGCCUUUUGUUAUGAGUUUGGGUUGGGUGUCGAAAAGGAUUUCAAAAAAGCCGAAUUAAACUACAUUCCCUCCGCAAAAUCUGGCGAUGGAUUAUCACAGGCCAGGUUGGCAUUCUUGAGAAGAUAUGGACGACCUUCUGUACGUAUUGACCGAGCCGAAGCUGAAAUGUGGCAACAGAAAGUUAAAGAACAAGAAAAGGAUGAAUCGGCGGCGGUCGGUUGGUACAGUGCUGCCGCCGCGCAGAACCAUGCUCGAGCACAGGACAAGCUAGGUGUCUGUCUUCAGUUAGGUAUUGGUUGUGAAAAGGAUGAAGAAUCCGCGUUGCAUUAUUUCCGCUUAGCCGCCGAGCAAGAUCACCUUGCGGCGAUGUUUCACCUGGCAAACGCAUUAGAAAAGGGGAUCGGGUGCGAAGCAGAUCCGGAGGGUGCCAUACAUUGGUUUGAAAAGGCGGCAAGUGCUGGCUGUAGGAUUAGUUGUGACCGGUUGAAACGACUAUUGGUUAGGGAGUGUUUGGGACAUGAUUCUAGUGGAAGUAUUUAUUUAUCUGGGUGCUAUGCUGCAGCCGCAUGA